GAAAAAAUUCACGGCAGCCAUCCAAAGCAACAGACGCGUGCGUUGGUUCCAGCGCGCUCAAGAGUUUUCAAAGCAUCGCACAAGGUCGAAAUUGCAGAAAUCCCAGCGCAUAAGCUGGCCGCACGUGCGAAACCCUUGGAUUGGCCGACAGCGGGCCAGCAGCAAAACGGCAGCAAAAAACGCUGCCGACGCGGCGUGAAACUCGCAGCUCCGCCAUGCUCAGGAUAGCGCGCGAGCCGCUCCGCGCGGCCCUCGUCCUCGCCACGCUCGCCGCCGCGAGCGACGGCCACGACUGCGUCGACACGCACAACCAGUGCCUCGAGUGGGGCUGGAAGGGCGAGUGCGAGCGCAACGCGCCCUACAUGGCCAAGAGCUGCCCCCUGACCUGUUCGCAGUGCAGCCGCAACGCGACCCUGGAGGUCGGCGUCGACGGGACUGCUGUUAUGGAGGCGAUGGAUGACUUACAUGGCGACGUGCCGGACCCGCAGCGGAAGUGGACGUCGCUGAUCAGAAAUCCUCUCGCGGCGAUGGAGCGGACGGAGUCCGACGGUGUAAGUGUCGAUCUCUACCACAGCGCAUCGGUAGGACCGGUGGACGUGUACUGGUUGUCGGACGGCUCCACGAGGGACGAAGGAGCCGUUGGUUCACUGAUGUUCCGCCUGAACGCGGGCGAAAGUAGGAGAGUGGGCACCUUUUUAGGACACGUCUUCCGACUAGCUGAUACGUCAGGAAAGACUCUUGCCUCCUUCCGCGUGAUGCCCCACCGCCCCACAUUCCAUUUAACAGACGAAGGAAUAGAAGCUUAUAAUGAUGAGGAGAUGUGCCGCGACUCCGAUCCAUCUUGCCCAGAUAGAGCUGGGAGAAAUGAUUGCGUAAAUGCCCCAGGCUGGAUGGUCAUGAAGUGUUCGCGAUCCUGUGAAGCGUGCCAUUUACGCGAUCCUCAAGUGCGGUGUCGAAGAGAUUUAUUGAACGUGAAGCAGACGCCCGCCCUCACACCGGGCGGGGUGGAAGCCUUCUUCCAGUCUUUACUGUCAUCACAAGAGUACAAUGUUACGAUUCACAGCAGGCCGGGCGGCGAUCCGGAUCUAACAAAGGACGUCGCCGACGGGCCCUGGGUCGCCACGCUCGCGAACUUCGUCACAGAGGAGGACGGUAGGAACAUCCUAGCUACCGUGUCGUCGCAGUUCGCGCGGUCGACGGACCAAGGCUCCGUCGACAAGUACGGCGAGCAGUCGAAGAUCGUGUCCAAGAGUAGGACGUCCGAGAACGCGUGGUGCACGGGCCACUGCGAGUCUCAUCCUUCGACCGUCGAGGUCAUGUCUCGGAUCGAGAAAGUUACGGGUAUCCCCACCGAGAACUAUGAAUCAUUUCAGGUGUUGAGAUAUCAGCUCGGCCAGGAGUACCGAGCGCACCACGACAUGUCGCGCACGGAUAAUAGACUAGCGUGCGGACCGCGCGUCUACACCUUCUUCCUCUACCUGUCGGACGUCGAGGAGGGGGGCGAGACGGAGUUCCCCCUCAUCAAGCGGCCGUCGGGCACGACCAUCAAGGUCAAACCCACAAGAGGAACCGCAUUAGUCUGGCCCUCGGUCAAGAACGACGACCCCACCGCGCAAGAUCCGCGCACGCGCCACGCGGCCCUGCCGGUCAUCAAAGGAACCAAAUUCGCGGCGAACGCCUGGAUCCACCAGUUCGACUACACCGAGCCGAACAUCUGGGGCUGCACGGGGGCGUUCGACUAGUUGUCCUCCUAUCGCAUAAGCAUCGGGU